CCCCAUCUAUCAACCAACCCAAACCUCCGAACAGCCUCACACACACGCCAUGUUCGGUCCAUUCCGCCUCACAAACCCCCUCUCCGGAGGCCUCCUCUGGAAAAUCCCCUGGCGCCUCUCCCGCCACCAAAAGUACCGCCAUCGCGAGCGCCUCCGGAAAGUCGACGCCGUGGUCUCGACGCUCGACUCGGCGCUCGCGCGCAUCGGACAGUCGAUGAAGAGGGUCGAUAGGUGGAAGCAGGAGAUGCCGACCGAGCAGGAGAUGCUGGCAAAGGACAAGUACACUGUCUUUGACCGGAAGGUCAAGAGGUACAGGAAGGGGAUUCAUAAAGUACCAAAAUGGACAAGAGUCAGCCAGCGCCUCAAUCCUCCCGGUUUCUAAACCCCUCCGCCGAACUUGGGGACCCCUUCCGUACCAUUACAUGUUUUCAUUAUACACAAGGAGAAAAAAAGAAGGAAAGGACACGAGCGAAAACUUUGGAUUCUCGCAUGUUUAUUAGGAAUGCAACAUUUCAUGGCGUUCUUUUGAUGUUUAAAUUCUUGGCUGUUCCGUUGGAU